UGGUUGAAAUUAAAAGCCAUGAAAAAUGGGGUUUUAAGAGGGGGAAAAAAAAUCGUCUCGGUGUUGUUGUGCUGAACAAUUCCUCGCCUGCAGCACCCAGAAGUGAACAGCAGGCGACCCGGAAGGCUUGAAGUCCGACAGGGAGCAAGGCAGAAAGAGGAGACUAAUCCUAAAUAAAAUAUCCCUGCUGCUGCUGCUUCUCUUUCUCUCUCUCUCACUGGCUCAGGAUGGCUGAAUCUCGCUUUAAUAAUCCCUACUUUUGGCCUCCACCUCCUGCGAUGACUGGUCAGCUGGAUAACCUAGUCUUGAUCAAUAAAAUCAAGGAGCAGCUGAUGGCGGAGAAGAUCCGACCGCCGCAUCUCUCCGCUGCCUCAGCCCCCUCCCAACAGCCCUUACUGGCUCCUCCCAGUCAGGUAGAGAGUGGCCAGCAGGGAAUGACCAAAGCCCAGCAGAUGCAGGUUCUGCACAGCCACAGCUCGUCUCAGCCUGAUAUCGCCCUGCACGCCCGGCCCACCUCCAGCUCAGUCACAGGUCGCAUUUUUGGGGACGUAAACUUGAAUCUUGAUGAUAAGGCCGCUGUAAAGGCCAGAGGAUUAUGGGAAGACUGGCAUCUGCGCCAACUCAUUGAUCAUCCUUCGCGGACAAACCACGUCUCAGGUGUGGCACUGGCAUCCAGAACAGGCAACCUCAACACCUCAGAGAUCAUCACCCCCAGCACGCCCACCUCGAGCUGCCACAGUCGGCUGGGCGGAGCUCCGACCCAUCACCUCAUCUCAGGGUUAGCCGGUGGCCACGGGAUGGAGCUGGGGAAAAACUGCGAGGGGCUUGUGGGACUCCUCGGGCCUCCUCCGAAGGAGGAACGGGGCCGUAAGAAGAUCAAAGCAGAGAACGGCUCGUCGCUGUUGGUGGUGCCAUAUCCAAUCCUAGCCUCAGGCAAUGACCAGUCCUGUGUUAUCACUGCCAAAGAGGGAAAGACCUACAGGUGUAAAAUGUGUCCUCUGACUUUCUUCUCCAAGUCGGACAUGCAGAUUCAUUCGAAAACACACACAGAGGCCAAGGCUCACAAGUGCCCUCACUGCACCAAGUCGUUUGCAAAUGCGUCCUACCUGGCCCAGCACCUGCGCAUACACCUGGGCAUCAAACCUUAUCGCUGCUCCUACUGUGAGAAAUGUUUUCGCCAGCUCUCCCACCUGCAGCAGCACACGAGAAUCCACACGGGGGACCGACCGUACAAAUGCGCCCAUCCAGGAUGUGAAAAAGCUUUUAGUCAGCUCUCUAAUCUGCAGUCUCACCAGAGGCAGCACAACAAAGACAAACAAUUCAAAUGCUCCAACUGUUACCGUGCCUAUUCAGACUCUGCCUCACUGCAAAUCCACCUGUCUGUCCACGCCAUCAAAAACGCCAAGGCGUACUGUUGCAGCAUGUGUGGCAGGGCAUACACCUCAGAGACGUACCUUAUCAAGCACCUGGCGAAGCAUGCAGUGGUGGAACACGUGAUGUCGCACCACUCGCCUCAGCACAGGACAGAGUCCCCGUCCCUCCCUAUACGGAUCUCCCUCAUCUGAUCUCCUCACUCGUCUCUCGUCGGAGACGCGAUAUCUCAGCAUUCCUUCAGAAGGACUUCAAUCCGUAAAUAGGUUCCAAAAAUGUGCCAGAUCGUUGUGAAGAGGAGCGCGACCUCCUUUCUUCUCUUGCUGACCAGAUAGUAUUAUCGGAGACAUCCAAAGAUGAUUUCUCAGCACUUUCAGGCCUAAAAAUGACAGGCCAAAAAAAAAAUGUCUUUUUCUAUAUGACAAAAAAAAAGAAAGAAAAGAAAAGGUUUUGCCCUAGGCAGCUACAUGGAAAAUCUUUUUUAACUUUGUGUGUUACAUAAGUCUUUUUUAUAUGGUCCUUUAUUUUCUUUACUCAAGCCUUUUUGAAAAACCAAUAAGUAUUCGCAUCAGACAAAGUCUUCCUUUAGCCACGUGGCCAACUGAACAUAAAGGUGAAUGCUUAGAUGAUGUGUAUUCUCGUACUGUAUGCAGUAUUGUGCCACUUUUUAUCUCAAUGUUUGCAAUAUUUCACCGUUUACUGUAUGUGGCCAUAAUCAACACCUAGACCACCAGUUAACAAUCUCACUCUAGUCAUGCAACUUAUAUAUAUACAUAUACAUAUUUAUAUGUAUAUACAUAUACAUAUACAUAUAUGUAUGUAUAUAAGUUGAAUGACUAUAUAUAUAUAUAUACAUAUACAUAUAUGUAUAUGUAUAUAUAUAGAUAUAUAUAGAUAUAUAUAUAUAUAUAUAUAUAUAUAUAUUGCAGUGUUAUGAAAAUAUUAAAUUUAACAUGGCCGAGUUAACGAUACUCAAAAUCAUAGGCACAGUUAAAAAAAAUCUUUCUCCAGUGGCAAUUUAAAAAAAACGCACUACAAAUAUGUGAUUUUCAGAUUUUGCUUUCACAAAUUGACGUAGGUUAAAGGAAACAUUUAGGAAACAUUAGUCAAAACUCUUUUAUGCCCAGUACACCACCACCACAGCAUUUUGUCAUGUUCACAGAUAAAUAAAUGGAAAAACUGAAAAGUUACACGACAACAUGUUAGAAAGAUGAUCCCUCUGUUUGGUUUUCAGUCAGGUGUAACGGAAGCUUCGCCUUCCGUUUGCAUAUUUUUUCUUUUUCUGUUGUUUUCCGGACGAACACUUUUGCCAUUUUAUAUGCGUUUAAGCCUUAACUUUGUUCAAACUCUAGGAUCCACGUAGUCGUUUUGCCAUCUUGCAUUUGCCACGUUAUCAUCGCAUGAUUGACACUGUAAAUAAUCUAUAUUAACUGUCAGCCCGUUUAUAAUAAAUAUUUCUGUAAUUACA